AUGGAGGGUGGUGGCCGUUCGUUCGAGUAUACUCCGACAUGGAUAGUUGCUCUUGUCUGUUUGAUCAUUGUUUUCAUUUCGCUUUGCGCUGAGCGAGGUCUUCAUCUUCUUGGCAAGUGUUUCUUACGUAAGGGACAAAAUGCACUAAAUGAGGCUUUACAAAAGCUAAAAGAAGAAUUGAUGCUUUUGGGAUUUAUUUCCCUGCUACUAACUGUGUUUCAAGGUCUAAUAAGUGACGUAAGUGAGUGGAGACACUGGGAGCAUUCAAUUAGAAAGGAAAUAUCAAGACCACACCAUGGACAUCCUCGUAUUGGUCAUCAUUUCAAAGAAUUCAAGGAACGUUCAGGCAAAUAUUGGAGAAAAUUUCAUGUUGUGAGUUGGAUGGCAGCAUUUUUCAAACAGUUUUACGGCUCGGUGACUAGGUCAGACUACAUUGCAUUGAGAUCUGGAUUCGUACAGGAACACUGCCCUGGUAAUCCUGAUUAUGAUUUUCACAAGUACAUGCUACGGACAGUGGAAGAAGAUUUUAAGAAAAUCAUCGGUAUAAGCUGGUACUUGUGGCUCUUUGUUGUUGUCUUUCUGCUUUUGAACAUUGCAGGAUGGCACACAUAUUUUUGGCUAUCAUUUUUACCUCUAGUACUUCUACUUAUUGUGGGUGCUAAAUUGGAGCACAUAAUCACUCAAUUAGCAAAGGAUGCAGCAGAAAGAACUUCAGGUGACCCUGAAGGCACGGAGGUUAAGCCUUCUGAUGAAUUGUUUUGGUUUCAUCGCCCCGAAAUCGUUCUUUACUUGAUACACUUCAUUUUGUUUCAAAAUUCGUUUGAGGUCGCGUUCUUCUUUUGGAUUGUGUGCACAUAUGGAUUCAAAUCAUGCAUUAUUGAAGAAUUGGUUUUCAUCAUCCCAAGACUUGUUGUUGGGAUAAUUGUUCAAGUCCUUUGCAGUUAUAGCACAUUGCCUUUGUAUGCCUUAGUCACACAGAUGGGUAGCAUGUUUAAGAAGACCGUUUUUGAGGAGUCUACGCAGGGACUUAUACUCGAUUGGAUUGGAAAAAGCCAAAGUGGGCUGGGAAAAGCCCGUAGUACUCAGACGGAUAAACUAGCCAUAGAAUUGGCUCAAGGCUCUACUUCCAUUGUUGAACAAUCACAUGCGAAGGAAAUUAGCGUAUCGACCAUGGAGUGUCCUUCUCUAAAUAGAUCUCACAUGCCAUCUUCGUCGCUUUAA